AUGGGAAGAGGAGGAGCUGGAACAGGCAAGCCAAACCCCACAAUUCACACAUGGGGUUCAUUAGAAACCCUGAGCCUGAGGCUCGGGGAUCUAAAAUUCCAAACUUCAACGAUGGCGUCCUCAGAGAAUGAGCCUCUGUCUCACUUGGAAGACGAACCUCGUCCUCCUCCUCCUCAACAUUUCGAUAUGCAGAAAUUCAGGCUUUACGAAACUCGAUCGAACUUUUACAUGAUUGGAAGGGACAAGACUAGAACUUAUUGGAGAGUACUAAAGAUUGACCGGUUGGAUCCUUGCGAGCUUAACAUUCGUGAAGAUUCUACUACGUACACUGAAAGAGAAUGUUCUGACCUCCUAAGGCGGAUAAAUGAAGGAAACAAGGCCACAGGUGGAUUGAAGUUUGUCACUAUUUGUUACGGAAUUGUCGGAUUCAUUAAAUUUCUGGGGCCGUAUUACAUGCUUCUUAUCACGAAAAGAAGACAGAUAGGUGCCAUCUGUGGUCACAUGGUGUAUGCCAUCUCCAAGAGUGAAAUGAUCCCACUUCCAAAUCCUUCUUUUCAGUCCAAUAUCGCUAAUUCUAAAAAUGAAAACAGAUACAAGAAGCUCUUAUGCACAGUGGACCUUACAAAGGACUUCUUUUUCAGCUACUCAUACCAUGUUAUGCGUAGUCUGCAAAAGAACAUGUGUAAGAAUCAGACAGGACAUGUCCUUUAUGAAACCAUGUUUGUCUGGAAUGAAUUCUUAACUCGGGGAAUUCGGAAUCACCUUCAAAAUACUAUUUGGACAGUUGCUUUGGUUUACGGCUUCUUUAGACAGGCCACUCUCUCUAUAUCUGGACGUGACUUCAAACUGACCCUUAUUGCAAGGCGUUCACGUCAUUAUGCGGGCACCAGGUAUCUAAAACGUGGUGUUAAUGAGAAGGGAAGAGUAGCUAAUGAUGUUGAGACAGAACAGAUUGUCUUUGAGGAUGUUCCUGAGGGCUUUCCGAUGCAAAUAAGUUCUGUCGUUCAGAACCGUGGCUCAAUCCCUCUAUUUUGGUCACAGGAAACAUCACGUUUAAAUAUCAAACCAGAUAUAAUAUUGUCAAAGAAGGACCAAAACUAUGAAGCCACUAGGCUUCACUUUGAAAAUCUUGUCAAGCGAUAUGGGAACCCCAUUAUCAUAUUGAAUCUGAUCAAGACUCAAGAGAAGAGGCCUCGAGAGUCCAUACUUCGUGCAGAAUUUGCUAAUGCAAUAGAUUUCAUUAAUAAAGACUUAUCUGAGGAGAACCGUCUUAAAUUCCUUCACUGGGAUCUGCACAAACAUUCUCGGAGCAAAGCUACAAAUGCUUUACUACUCUUGGGCAAGGUGGCUACAUAUGCCUUGACGCUAACUGGAUUCUUCUAUUGCCAAGUUAACCCAGCACUGAGACCUGAGGGUGUAAUUAAGUGGCCUUCCUCUGGGAAUUUUGAAAAUGGUGACUUAUCUCCCCAAGAACAUAGUGCUAAUGGUAAUGUGGAUGCUGAUAACAUAGAGAAGACACCUAGUGGAAGCAAAAAUAUUGCAAAUGGUAAUCAUUCUGUCAAGCCAUCCACAUUCCAAAGUGGGGUGCUUAGGACCAAUUGCAUAGACUGUCUGGAUCGCACAAAUGUUGCUCAGUAUGCAUAUGGCUUGGCUGCGUUGGGACACCAGCUUCAUUCUUUGGGAGUUGUAGACAAUCCAAAGAUAGACCUUGAUGCUCCUUUGGCUGAUGAUUUGAUGGGAUUUUAUGAAAGAAUGGGCGACACACUUGCGCACCAGUAUGGUGGUUCAGCUGCUCACAAUAAGAUAUUUUCUGAGAGAAGGGGUCAAUGGAGAGCAGCAACUCAGUCUCAGGAGUUCUUUAGAACUCUUCAACGGUAUUACAGCAAUGCUUACAUGGAUGCAGAGAAGCAAGAUGCAAUUAAUGUAUUUCUGGGGCAUUUUCAACCACAAGAAGGUAAACCUGCAUUGUGGGAAUUGGAUUCAGACCAGCAUUAUUACUCUGGGAGGGAUGAACCAAAAGAUAAGGAUCUAGAUGGAAGGUCCAUUUUCAAAAGAUCUUAUUCCGACGGUAAUAUUCUUCGUGAAAGCAGCUCACCUAUGUCAUCACCACAUGUUAAGCCGGAGAAAUUUACUAACUCCUGUAUGCCAGAUCCAUCACAACAAGAAAGCAAGAUUCUUUCAGAGUCAUCACCUGAUAUAUCAACUUCUGAGAGUGAUAUUGCCUAUUCAAGGUACACUCCCUCAAUGCCUCGCAGGCAACUUUUUGGAGAGUUGCAGAGAUACCGGUGCCUUGAAAGUGAUCAUGUGUACUAUUCUGAACGUGGAGAUUCAUACAACUUCUCAAACUUUGUUGACCUAGACUGGCUAUCUUCUUCCGGGAAUUCUUGUGAGGAGGAGCCAUUCGAGAGGUCAUCAAUACUGACCAACUCUCCAAUUGAGGGACUAUCGUCGGAGAAUGUUGUUAAUGGAAUAAUGGGGGAUUCUACCCCCUCUACAAGUGAAUAUGGAUCCGGCUUGAAGGGGAAGGAGCAGACAGGACCAAAUUUAUCCUUUAAUAACGGAGAGAGUUCCAAUGUUCUUGAGGAAUAUCCAGAUAGCUUUGUGAACUGGGUCAACUAUGGAGAGACACUCUGCCACUGA